AUGCAUGCAGUGGUAGGCUUGAUUACCAACAACGACGAGACAGCCUACAGGAAGGAGGUAGUGGACCACUAUGAGAACCCAAUAAAUGUGAGUUCCAUAGACAAGAACGCCAAGAAUGUGGGGACUGGUUUGGUGGGUGCACCUGCAUGUGGGGACGUUAUGAAACUCCAGCGAGGUCAGUUCAAAAAGCUUGCUUAUGUCUUUUGUCUUUCCCUUUGUGCUCAACCAGUGAUCCGGGUCAACAGCAUCAAUAUUGACAAAGCUCUUAAGAUCAAGAACACUGAUAUUGCCAAUGAACUCUGCCUUCGACCAGUCAAGCUUCAUUGCUCUAUGCUUGCAGGGGAUGCUAUAAAGGCAGCCUUGGCAGACUACAGGCUCAAACAGAAGGAAACGAGGUGGUAGCAAAACUCAAAUCAGUCCCGGUUCUUCCCAAUCGCCUUGCUCUGACAUCCUAACCACCUGUGUGAUGCAGGUCUCAAAAGGUGAACAUGACAGGUCAACAGUCAUGGCCAAGUUCGCCAAUGUGUAAUUGAUGCUUUCAGUUUAAACCGUAUCAGAACUGCUGGAGAGUGUUUACUGUUAAGUUAUGGCAGAUGUUAAGAAUUGUUUGUUUGCCGUUAUGUAUGACAAUUCUCAAAUGAUAAUCCUAAAUGUUGAAAUGGAAUCAAACAAUCCUAUUUUGUAUUUACAACUCCCAAGAAAGGCAUUUUAAACUUAAUUAAAGGACUACA